CCCCUCCCCCCUCCGCUCCGCCCGUGUCCCAGUAAAAUCGGUUGGAGCGCACGCACGGACUCGUCCCCACGGCCGCGGAUGGAAACAUGGCGACAGAGUUCCACAACCUGCAGGAGUUGAGGCACAGCGCGUCUCUGGCCAACAAAGUCUUCGUCCAGAGAGACUACAGCGAAGGAACCACCUGCAAGUUUCAGACCAAGUUCCCCUCGGAGCUGGAGAGCAGGAUCGAGCGGACACUGUUUGAGGACACCGUGAAGACUCUGAACAAUUACUACGCAGAGGCAGAAAAGAUUGGAGGGCAGUCCUACCUGGAGGGGUGUCUGGCCUGCGCCACGGCGUAUCUCAUCUUCCUCUGCAUGGAGACACGCUAUGAAAAGGUGCUGAAGAAGAUAGCCAAGUACAUUCAGGAGCAGAAUGAGAAGGUCUACGCUCCCAGAGGUCUGCUCAUCACAGACCCCAUAGAGAGGGGAAUGCGUGUCAUUGAAAUUUCUAUCUAUGAAGACCGGGGCUCCAGUGGCUCCAGCUCAGGGAGCAGCUCUGUGUCCGGCAGCACUGCUCGAUGACUCGGUACUUCCUAAAGGCCGUGUCCCCCUGAUCACUCGAUACCCAGGCAGAGGAGUGAGGACAACGAUACCACUCCUGUCCUGAUACUUACCACACCUGUCCCUCAGCGCUACUCACACAAACAAAUCACUAGCCUUUCUUUCCUUUCUUUUGCUCAUGACCUGUCAUCACAUGCUUAAAUCAAUCAAUAUCUUUUGUGUAGUGAACGCUUAAAACAUGCACUUUAGUCGUUUCUUGCAAAGUGGUUUGCAUGCACAUUGACGAAGACAUGUUUGAAUGCAGUGUCUCUACGCAGGGAGUUGUAUUACUUUGUGUGAUCGUACCGUUACCUUCCUUCCUGUCUGAUGGUGGGAGAUAAAAAAGGAUGGAAGGAAGCGAGAAGGAAAAAGGAGGAUGUGUUCGUUUUGAGACGGGAGUGAAGACCACAAGCCUCAUUAAACCUCAUACCUCAGCUGCACCACAUGGUCCGGAUCAGCCACAGCUGCACCCUGACCACACCGGACCAACCAGGAAACGGAACUGAACACGUCACCAUCGACCCUGCACCAUCGUCCGGACGAAGAAGUUAUCUGUAGCUCUAACAGAGUUUCUGAAUUGUAGCAAACGUGAAAAGGAUGUAGCAAUAUUUGAGCAGGGCAUCACAUAGUUUCACUCACCCAGAGCCCAUAUUAACUGUACAAAGAAGCUCUUCCUCCAUCACCUCUGCUGUAAAUCAUGCUGUCUGGUAGCAGGCGAAUAUCAUUCACACAUGUACACGAUGUAGCAGAUCUUCCAUAUCUCGCACAUGACUAUAAUUUGACGCACACACAGACGAAUGCACAGAACUCAGUACUUACCAACCUCUCCUAAAUUUUGAUUAUGCAAAGACGUACUGUGCAUUAAUUCCAAGAGGAAGUGUACUGAGGAUAGGUCAAAAAGUCUUCCUGAAUCUUACCUGCAGUGUUUUACAACACAUCAACCCUUCCUAUGUUUCCGAGCGAACGUCCAAAGAACAGUAAAUGCCAAAAGAACUGGCUCACACAUGUGAAUGUGUCUUUUUUUUUUGCUGACAUUUUGUGCCAGAACAGACUUUCGUACCGCUUGUUGUUUGAUACACUCGGCAAUGAGGUAUAUAUGACUGGUGUCAAAUAAAAUACUGUUUCAUCACA